ACUCAACCGCCAUAUUUUUAGUAGUUUGUUUAUGUUUACAUCUUUCCACGUGUUUCGGUGUUCGAGUUCGUUGCCCGUUUGACACAAGUACUGUUCGGUUGUGUUCUUUGAUUCUUUUCAAAAACUAUUUACAAUGAGUGGAAAUAAAAACGGUGGAUUUUAUUGUUUGGUACGUGGAUGUCCGAAUCGCACGAGAGACGGUAAAUUGUCAUUCUUCAAUUUACCAAAGGAAACAGAAAGAAUUAAUCAAUGGUUAACCAUAUGUUCCCGGGAGGAUCUCUUUGGAAAAUCUUCUGUCCAGUUGAAAGGAUAUAGGAUAUGUGCUGCACAUUUUGAGGACAAGAUGUAUACUAAUUUCUUCAAAAAACGUCUUCUUCCUAAAGCAGUUCCAACCAUUUUUUGCUUCGUUGAGAAGAGUCAAGGGGAUGUAGAGGAGGUUCUGCCUAAUUAUAUCACUGACUCUGAUGCAGGUCCAUCGACUAGUGAAGCUACAAGUGAAUCAGUUUGUGCGCCUUGUCCAGUAAUAUCAAGUAGGUAUCCAUGCAUAAUUUGAGAUUCUUCAAUCUGUAAUCCUGUACGAUAUAUUACAAUUUGUUGAAAAAAUUCACCAUUUUGUGAUUUGGAAAUCUAGUGCUUUUAAUUUUAGGGUUGAUUAAAGCAGUAGUAGUUAACGUCAAACAGGGGGACCUGCGACCCUUCAUAUGACUGAAAUGGGCUUCCUGGGUAAUACCUCUCUAUUCUGUGACUCGACCUUAGAUGUUUCGUGGUCGAAGAUCCGAAUAUAACCUCAAUUACUUGUUUACAAUAUUACUAUGCCAGUUUAAUUCUGUUGUGAUUUCUUUGCAUCUCUUGAGAGAAAAUUUUAUUUCCAUUAUAGACAGAAUU